AUGGCAACUGUUUUUCAAAUAACCUCAAGACCUAUUAUAAUUUUAUCCAAGUGUAUAGGUUUAAUUCAUACUUCAUAUACCAUGGAACCAACUGGAUUAUUGGUUCAUAAUAUAAAUUCAACGUUUCAUGUAUUUCUAGAAAUAACACGAAUGAUGGCAUUGAUCAUCAUCACUUAUAUAUACUUUCAACAGUUUGAUAAAGAUGUUCACAUACUUCAAAUUAUCAAUAGUACUAAAUUUUGGUUCAUCAUUAUCGCAGCCAGACUAAGAACAAAAUGGAUAAUCAAAUUUAUAAAUGGCAUUAUAGAGUUUGAUCGAAAAAUUACAACACUCUCGAGAAAUAUGUUGAUCCCACAACGUUCAUGGACAAAAAGACGUUGGGAUACGAUUUUUAUUUCAUUAUCAUUAUACUUUAUUGGAUUUAAAUGCAUAUAUUUGUAUUUAUGGCACCCAAAAGCAGAAAACAUUAUAUUAUUAUUACAUCAUGCAUUAUUCCUUCCCCCGUAUAUUAUGGAUUAUGUAGUUACGAUUACUUCGUGUUUCUUUCUUCAAAACAUAUUUGUCAGAUUCCAGACGUUAAACGAUGUUUGGAAAUGUCUCCCCGCCGACUUAGUUAUCGUUCCUGGUCAAUGGACACACGACAAAACAGUGGAUGUAAUGGAAAACACGCGGCUGUUACACUCCGAACUAUGCGAAUUGUUAAAAAUGUUUACUCUAAGUUACGGUCCAUUGCUUUUGUGUUUCUUCUCAUCCAGCUUUAUCAGUAUGCUUGUCAGUAUUCAUUUUAUUGUCAACAUUAGUGGAAUAUCCAGCAAGCAUUUUAACAAAAGUAUCUUGGAAAAAUUAAUACCACUGAUGGUUCACGUACAAAUUAUCACAUUUUUGAUGUCUAUUAUCAUUUUCGUUUCAAUAAUAAAUGAGAAGAGAUUGGAAAUUAUAUCAUUUCUACGAUCAUAUCGAAUAUCAAAUUUACACUUGGAUAUAAAAAGACAAAUCAAAAUGUUUAUGAAUCAAGUAUCAGCUUGCAAUUCAGACCAAGUUACGGCAAUUGGAUUUUUCGAUAUCAAUUUAAAUCUCGUUACAACCAUAAUUGUAUUAUUUUUUAGUGGAAUGAUCACAAUGAUACAGAUGAAAAAUCAUCCAAUGAUAUUGAAAUUGAACAAUGAUACAAAAAUCUAUAUAGAUAAAUUAUUUACCGCAAAAUAA